AUGGAAAAUCCAGCAAUCCCAGCUGCUGCUGUUGAAAAUCACAUGAAAGUUGGUGUUUACUUGGGUUCAUGGGAAGCUAGUCAACUCAACAAAGACAGUGGCCCCGUUAAUACUCCCCCAUCAGUAGAACAAAAGGCACCUACCAAUGUUCAGGAAGUGUUUGCUCAUUUGAAACGUGAACAUGUAGUUAACCAUGGUGGGUCUGACCAUGUGAGGUUCAAAGACCCCAAAGACUCUACAGAAUGGAUUGCUGCUUGCAAAGAAGGCCAAACUAAUGUUGAUAUUUACAAACCACCUUUACUUCCGGCCUUCAAGACAUUUGUAAAAGGAUCAAUUACUCACCCUGGCUAUGUUGAAUUUCCAGAUGAUCCCCCACCUGUGGGAUUCAUGGCGAUCAAACCUGGACCUUCAGCUCAAACAUCACCCGCUUUGGCUUGA